CGAAACUACUGGUGGGUCUGGAAGUCAAGCGAGCAGCCGAAACCGAGUGACGGCUCUUGGAACCUUGAAGUUAGAGCCAGGUGGAAAAGCAGAACCUCGUGAUAUUGAGAAGGGAAUGCUUGCACUCAGCUUUUUCCAGUGUGUGUUAACGAUGACCAAAUAAGCAGUGAGUUGUACGGCAAUCGAGCCAGACACUCGCUGUUUUAGCGUUGGUGCUAAACAGUGAGGCUGCCUGACCGCCAUCUCACCUCCAUCCCCGGGAGGACGUCAAGAAGGGAAGAGACAGAGUCGUUCGGAAGGAGAAACCUUGGUAGUCACUUUUCUACAAAGAACCGGGUUUGGAAACUUCCAAUUAACUUUUAGAAUCAGCGAAUCUCUCUCCAGUUUCAGUCCAGAAGUGCCAUGAUGUUCGCUCUGAUAUUUUUGAUGGCAUUCCAGCCGGUUUCAGGCCAAAUGCGGGGAGUGAAGACCGUAACGGGAGUGGUGGGGCGCGGGGUUGUCGUAGAGUGUCACUACGAGACGGAAAAGUACCGGCAACAUGAGAAAUACUGGUGCCGAGGGUCCAAUCACAUCACCUGCACGGUGUUGGCUCGGACAAGACAACAGCCCAGACACCAGGGCAGGGUGUCAAUCGCAGACAACAUCGCAGACGGAGUGUUGUCCGUAGCUAUGGAGAAACUACAGGCUGACGACACAGGCCAGUACUGGUGUGGCAUAUACACGGUCGGAUUCAACCCGCAUUUCCCUGUUACCGUACAAGUAGAUGACGUGGCUGUCUCUAAGCCGAUCCUCCGGUUUCUGAGUCCGUACAGGGCCUCUUGUUCCGGGCAAACGGUGUCAAUCUCUUGCGAGUCCGUCGAUGGCUCCCUUCCCAUCGACUACUCCUGGUACCAGAAAUCAGUGAACACCACAGACCUGCGGGUAUCGGACAGUGGGAACCUCACGCUCCGGUGCGGAAAUAUCGGGCACGGACACGGGUAUUACUGCAGCGCCCGGAAUGGGCCGGGCAGCCAAUCCAGCGAUGCUCUCCAAGUGUCCGUCUUGAAGACGGGGGAAGAGAACUGCGUCUAUGUCGUGCAAAUCCACUCCGAAGGGAAGGGCUACUCCUGCGAGGACGGCUGUCGACACUGCAGCAGAGAGGAGGCGAAAACAAGCGAGGAGAUUCACAAGGGCAAAAGCAGGGUGAUUCACUGCGUGCUCUGUAUCCUGGGUUUGCUGGGUGUCGUGUUGGUAAUUUCGGGCAUUUUCUACAAAAGGAGAAGGAAAAUGAGUAAAAAGCAAGUGAAGCCUCGCGACACACCGGGAAUAGACAGGACUUUGUCGCUCAGGUACAAACAUUCGCUCUUGAUCGUGUCACGCGUAGGGGAAGACUGCGUUGCUGACGACAUGGGGCAGAGGGUUCCCGACCCGACAGAAGGGGACGCGCAGGGAAGCGGGGCUGGGUCCAGCGGUGGAGAGGACAUCACGUACGAGACGGUCGGGGCCGAGGGGAGAAGGCCAGCAGUGGGCAGCGGCGAGGAGGAUGGCAUCACGUAUGCGGUUGUGCAACUUCAGGGCAGGUCGCGGUCUGGGGACAGAGAGGAAACCACAGACAAACCUCCAGGGGAGGAAGGCAUCGUCUAUCACAAAAGACUUGUAAACAAGAGCUCACUGGAGUUCAGCAGAAAGUCAGUUCCAAGUGACUUGGAUUCAAAUGCAGGGAUCGUUUUAGGUAAAGGCAAACAGACGGUUACUAGUGAUGCCCACAAGUUCGAGAAUGGCGCAAGAGAAAUGGCUUGGAGCCUGCUAUCACUGCUGUCCCCGUCCAUUGCCAACUACAAGGACGCAUGCAUUGGCAACGAUCCCUUGAACUUGGAGAGUCUUUUAAACAACAACGACCAAACAAAUAUGGAUUUAACAUUGUUCGUAUUCAUUAGUUGCUUAUCAUCAGCUGCGAGGGCAAUCAGUGGACCCAAGGCAGUGAAUGGUUCAGUGGGGUCUCAGGUGCAGAUCAGGUGUGAAUACGACACAGUUUAUAGCACGUACAGCAAGUACUGGUGUAAAGGCUACUACAGGAGACACUGCAAUGUCCUGGCACAGACGUUGGGGCCUCAAAAUACAACCGAGGAUGGCAGAAUAACAGUGGAAGUGGAUAAUAACAGGGGCGAGUUUUCAGUGACCAUGAGGAAGUUAACAUUGAGUGAUGCGGGAUGGUAUUGGUGUGGUAUAGAACACCCGCAUAUUCUCAACAUGAAACACUCCGUCUGGCUCAGAGUUUACGAAGCAGGAAUCGAGACGUGGAAUCCAACGGGUGAACAACAAAGGGAGGGAGCGGCUACACAUUACCUCACGUGGAACAUUAUACGUUGGGUUUUCUUCGCUGUCCUCCUCUGUUGGGGCGUUUGGACCAUUUGGCAAAAAUAGCGGAAUAACUGGUCCCAGAUGUAGACCUCAACAAUUAGUCCACUCGUCGUAAACUCCAGUGAAUUGUGCGGCGUUUCUGCUGAUGGGACCGGACAGUCACACCUCAGCCCUUUACCUGCGAAUCACCAACAAAUUCGUCACUCGAUAGCAGUGUUGCAAAUCCUUGACAUAGUCAUUUCACUUGUAUUCUCCAGCCCAGCCCAACAUGCAGUCUGAGACGCUCAACAGCGUCCUAUUCCCAAACAAAAUUAAUCUGACACGCAACGAGCAUGUGGGCGACCACAAGAGAACAGACCAGAUCAACGCUUGCUCCUGUCUGAAAGCUCCUAUGCGGACUAUGGAGAACUCUACCCUUUGAGGUUUUCCUUUAUUGGGUUGGAAUCAAGUCGACACGACCAGCUCUGUCUUGAAGCGUUAAAGCCUUUCCAUACGUCUAACCUCUGGGAAAGUAAAUGAACAGUGGUCUUUGUAGUUAAUUAACAAAGAGCACCUCAUUGUCGGAGGUGACGUCUUUUGAAUGAAACGUUAGAAUGAUCUCACGUCUCCCUGUUCACGUGGAUGUUAAAGAUCCUGUGGUAUUGUUA